AUGGAUAACAUUUCAUCUCUAUCUGGAUCUCAAAAAGAUGAAUUAAUGGAUCAAGUUAAACAGCAAAUAGCAGUAGCGAAUGCACAGGAACUCCUCACAAAAAUGACAGAAAAAUGUUUCAAAAAAUGUAUAUCAAAACCUGGUACAUCACUUGAUAGUUCCGAACAGAAAUGCGUAGCCAUGUGCAUGGACAGGUAUAUGGACUCAUGGAACUUAGUAUCAAGAGCUUAUAGCAUCCGAAUCCAAAAAGAGAGAAGUCACAUGUAA